CAGGUUUAUUGGUUUGCAAACAAGAUAUAUCUGAAAUCAUACUGUCAGUAUGUCUAAGGCAGAAAAGUAUAAAUUAAUGAUAGACAUCUAUUAGUUAUUUAAAUUCCCAUUGGUCAGUUGAGAUUUAAGCAAGUAUUUAUUUGUUGUAUUGAUCAUUGAAAAACCCAUUGAAUUUUGUGGCUGUCUGGAUCACUACUGUCAGUUUAUUGGCGUAUAAAGCAAAUGAGAAUAUGUUAUCAACUAACCGUUCCACCUGACAUUCCACCAUUCAAUGCGUUCAACUAUCUUCUACUCCACGUAAAACUGCCACCAGUUCCUCCAAAGUAUAAUUGUUAAGCUGUUUCUAUCUAGCACUUACGUCUUUUCUAUAGUUGCUUUUCUUUUCUGCUUGCGCCAACCUUCAUCAAACUUGUGAAAUUUCACGUGAUUGUGAAGUCUAUCCUCCGAAUCAUAUUCUGGGUACGGUUUAAUAGAAUAAGUCACAAGAUCUGGGAUCUAGUAACUGUGAUUGUGUGUUAUUGUAUAAGUGAAUAACCUCGAAAAUAAUUAACUUGUUUGUAUGCGUACUCUUAUGUGUGUCUAUCUAACAAACACAGAAAUUUGAUAGGUAUAUAUAUAAUGCAUAUAAGCAUAGUAUUAUAUAGUACACCGACGAGAUACUAAAUAAUCCACACCUCCAAAAUUACAGCACAUACACAUAUUUAUAUUUCUGCAUAAAUACUAUACAUAUUAACCAAUUACAUACUUGUAAAACCUUGGAUUUUUAAUUUUUCAAAGCACAUGCUAAUAAUCGUAUGAAUGGUGAGAAUCUUGAUGAAUGUAUCCAUUUAUCACUAUUGUCUACACAUAGUCUGACAGAAUUCAAGGUCUCGGUCAUUGGAAUUAUAUUUACAUAUAAUACAUAUAUAUAUUUGCGUGCAUAAGUUAUACUGAACUUGACAGUCCAUUUUUAAACAACCUAAAUGAUAGCAGUUACUGAAUAAAGACCAAUAAAACUGUCCCAUUUAGGUAGACGAAGAAGGGCCACACUAGGCCAACAAGAAAUUAUUGAUAUACAGACAAAGAAAUGGAGUCCACAUCCAACAGCAAAUCCAUUGGAUUACUUAUCACAAUCGAAUGUAUCAAUCAACAGUUCGCCACGAUAUUAUUCUCCACAACUUAUAACAGUCGAUCUGCAGCCAAAUAUUCAUUUAGUCAAUUCAAACAGUAGCAACUACAUUAAUAGUGCGUACUUAACUCAUUGUGAAUACUGUUUUGCAAAAAGGUGUAUGAAUCUAGACUCAAGCAGCCCUCAAAUAUUUCACACCAAUUUCACAUUAUCACAUUUAUCAGGGAAUCCUUCAGUAUUACCUGCCUGGACACCUCAAGCAACUACAGAUACAAUAAAGACGGAUUUUGUGACAAGUCUAUCUAUCAAUCAUAAUCAGCAGAUAACAGCUGGAGAUUUUACGUCAAUUGAACAACAGCAACGAAAGCCAGUAAACAAUACUACUUUCGACAUAUCUAUAGAUCAGACUAGUAAUUUUCCACAUAUUCGUCCUUUAACUCAGGGAUUACCAGUUCUCCCCUCAAUGACCCAGUCAAUGAAUUCAACUACCAUGAACCCUGUACAAAACAACGUUACCCCGCCUAAAUUACUGCCUCAGACUGAAGAUUCUCACGCUAUGGGAUACAUUCAGUCACCUGCAUUGCCGCCUUUUGGACCUGUCCCUUCUAUUCCCAAUAAAUCUGGAAAUAUUAAUGUAAAUUAUCACAGUUCAGCUAAAACGCACAAAACUGAACCUACUGGAUCUUCGAUAUUUCUAGAUGGCCGGAGCUAUGAACCUGAAGAGCUAAUCAGUUUAAUCCAACGAUUACGGCAAGAUAUUCGAGCCUAUACUGAUCAUAUAAGAUGGCUUGAACAAGAGUUAAGUCAAACACGAAUCACACUGAAUGCUCGAGAUAGAGAUAUUGAUAAGCUGAAGUCUGUAUUAGAACAGAAACUUAAUAAUAAUGUGGAAAAACUGCCUGUGCAUCCUGUUACACCCUUGUCUGAUAAUUCAUGUCAAGCGAUCAGACAAAAUAAACUCAAUGUGACUGCUAUUUCGCCAGCAUCAAAAACAACUCCUUUCCAGGAGAAUACUGGUCAGAAAGGAUAUCCUGUGAAGCAACGGACUAAAAAGCAAGGUGUUUCAGGCGAAAGUUUUACUCAGCAAAGAUUAUCAGGUCUUGUACACCACGAAAAGGACACAUGGUCUGCUGGGUUAAUCAGAGAGGCGAUCAGCAACAACACAUUUCUGAUGCAUUUAGAACAAUCACAGAAAGAGGAAAUUGUAGCCUGCAUGUAUAAGAAGCAAAUCCCACAAGGUUGUUUCAUAAUACGUGAAGGUGAACCAGGAGAUGCAUUGUAUGUCGUAUCAGAUGGAAUCUUAGAAGUAUACAAGGAUAAUUCAAUAUUGGGACGAAUGGAAGUCGGUCGUGCGUUUGGUGAAUUGGCACUGCUUUACAACUGCAAGAGGACUGCAUCUGUUCGAGCUGUAACAAACGCUUCAGCAUGGACGCUGGAUCGACGUGUUUUUCAGCAAAUUAUGAUGGCCUCUUGUAUUCAUAAACAAGAGGAGAAUAUGAAGUUUUUGCAAAGUGUUCCUGCGCUGAAAAAUUUAUCCGCCGAAAAAAUGAAAAAAUUAGCUGAUGUCUUAGAACCAGUAUUUUAUGAAGCUGGUGAAUAUAUCAUACGUGAAGGUGAACUUGGUGAGACGUUUUUCAUCAUAAAGUCAGGGAAGGUUAUUGUUACUCAGACUGUCGAAGGAACAGAUGAAGAACAAGAAAUCCGUCAACUUUCUGAUGGAGAUUGGUUUGGAGAAAGAGCACUUUACACAUGUGAGAAACGAAGUGCCAAUGUUAUUUCGGCUGAGAGUGGUGUUCACUUACUUUUAUUGGAUAGAAGUAAUUUCAUCUACCUUAUUGGAGAUUUGAAUGAGAUCAAAUCAAAAACAUAUGGCGAUGUCAGUCGUUCUCCUGUUGGGGUAAUAUCAACAAAUUUUCAAUCAUCCAAAGAAUCCUUACCGAAAGAAGUAACCAUAAGUCCUCAGGCGGUUGUACGACAACAGUCAAAAGAUUCCUUUUCGUCCGUUGAAAUUGAAAAAGAUGAUUUGGAGCCGAUUACUGUGUUAGGAGUUGGUGGAUUCGGUUGUGUUGAAUUGGUUGUUUGGAGGAAAGAUAGAAGUAAAACAUUCGCUUUAAAAAGAAUGAAAAAGCAGCAUAUCGUGCAUACACGUCAACAAGAGCACAUUUGUUCAGAAAGACAAAUAAUGCUAGAACUUCGUUGUCCAUUUAUUUGUCGACUUUAUUGUACUUACAAAGACAACAAAUUUGUCUAUAUGCUGUUGGAAGCCUGUCUGGGUGGAGAAUUAUGGACACUUUUAAGAAAUAGAGGUAGAUUUGAUGAUGUCAUGACACGAUUUGUGGUUGCUUGUGUUUUGGAAGCAUUCACUUACCUGCAUACACAAGGAAUACUUUAUCGUGAUUUGAAGCCAGAAAAUCUGCUUCUUGAUGAGAAAGGAUACGUAAAACUUUGUGAUUUUGGAUUCGCUAAACGAGUUGGACAUGGUAAGAAGACUUGGACGUUCUGUGGUACACCUGAAUAUGUCGCGCCAGAAAUUAUUUUAAACAAAGGACACGAUCACUCAGCCGACUACUGGUCACUUGGUAUUCUUAUUUACGAAUUACUUACUGGAAGCCCACCAUUCACUGGUACUGAUCCAAUGAAGAUUUACAAUGUCGUUUUGCGUGGAAUCGAUGGUAUUGAAUUUCAUCCACAGCAUAUUAGUCGGACUGCGAGCACACUGAUAAAACGUUUAUGCGCACAAAAUCCAGCUGAACGUUUAGGCUAUGGACGUGGUGGGAUAAUCGAUAUCAAACAAAAUAAGCCGCGUUAAUAUAAGAGGGCAUUAAGUUGAUGUGUUUUCUGGUUUCGUGACUAUUAUUCCCUUACAACUUCUAAGUUUUCUGUAAGACUUCUGUUUAUGGUUUUGUUAGUUAUUGUCUUAUUUUAUUUUACAUUGGUAGGAAGACUAACAGAUUUGUGGAGCAGAUUGAUAAAACCUAUUACUAAAGAGUAUGUAAAAAUGGAGAUUCAGGUUGGUGAAUUGUUUCAUCCCCUGUUGUGCUUCAGUCCCUGUUAUAAUUCCUCACUUCACUCUCGACCUUUAGUACAAUUUUACGAUAAUUUAUCGUAAAGUCCAUCAUCAAAGUUAAGUGGUUUCGAGACCAGAAAUGAUUUCCUUUUGUUAUAUGAACAGCUAUAACUAAUAUAAUUAUAAAUCUUCAUUGGUUUCACAAGCAUUUACAGCACUUGUUAUUUAUUCACUUUAGGUAUUUCCAAGGAUUUGACUGGAUUGGUUUGCAUCGUGGAACACUAACGGCUCCUAUACAACCAGUGAUAAGGGGUCCAGAUGACACAACCAAUUUUGACAAAUACCCUCAACAGAAUGAAGUUCCACCUGAUGAAACAUCAGGUUGGGAUAUAGAAUUUUAAUAUGGUUUUAUUUCGUUUCCUUUAUCAAAUAAACUUCUACCUUGUUUAUCCUUUAUUCUACUUGUUCGUGUACACGUGUAUGGUGUCAAUGUCUGCAUUUGAAAGUGUGUGUUGCGUUUUUAUUCUUCAAAUUUUAGCAUGUUUAUCAACUUACCUACAUAUUUAUUACUAUGAUGUCAACGCACAAACUUAUAAUUACUCCUAUCACCUACUAAUUACCUUUUAUUCUCAUUUUCUACCUUGGAACACUGACUAAAAACACGAUCUGACUAUUGAAAAUCUUGAACAUCAAUUCUGUUUUUCUUUUCUUUUAUGUUCCACUCACUUUCAGGAAGUCAUUUUGAAGAUAUACUGAAACAUAUAUAUUUAUAUAUAUAUGAACACAUAUAUACAUAUGCCCUAUUUUAUACACAAUAGAUAUAUUUUCUUUGAGAUUAAAUAAACAUUAAUGUUUGCAUACACCUUAAAUUGUAGAUUUUGAGAACACCUCUCUCUUCUUUUUUACUACUUAUAAUUUAGCAUUAUUAAUAGUUGUCAUCUCACUUUUCUCAAGAAGAAUGAGGAAAGUGUGUUUCCUUAUUUAUUAUUCUCUUGCCAACUGUGUUUCACUAGUGUGUAUAUAUGUUGCUGAUAUAUAUAUAUAUAUAUAUAUAUGUAUAACACUGAAUGAAUACGUAGUCCAGUUUCUACUGUGCGUAAUCGUUAAUUUCAUAUUCUAGAGUGUUACAUUGUUCAGUUUCAUUUAGCCAAGUCAUUGUGCAGUUCAUACCAAUACAUCAGGGAUACAACAUCUAUAUUCAACUUAUUUUUAUUUUACGAAUACAAUUUUCAAUCAGUUAUAUGCAAAACUGCUGAAUCUUUCCAACUCCAUUGAAUCUUCCCUACAGUUCUACACUGUAUUAGCAAUCUUAUAUAUUAAAAAAAAAUAUUGUUUGACACUUAAUACAUUGUUUUCAAUAUUAUCUUCUAUUUUGUUGUAUUAGUUUACGUUUUCUUAUAUUUACUUGUACAUUGUCAUGUGACUUUGAGCAUUCAAAUCUCUUUGUGAAUACUCUUCAUGUAUUCUGUUUUGUUUCGACAAAUCCAGGAGUUCAUCGUCUGAGUUACAUUUUAUGGGAACAGGUUGUAGUAAACUAUUUGUCCAUGAAUAAUAUUUUUGUGGUGGAAAGAAACUCUUAGCCAUGACUACUGGUGUGGUCUUGUUUUAAUAAAAUCUUUAUUCUAU